GUAGUUGCUAUAGAAAGCUUGCAGGUAAUAAUUUUACAAGAUGAGACGAAAAGAAAAUAGAAGCCAAGACGUGGAGAUGGGCGAGCGGACGCCUCUGAACAGACAUCCCGGCGAUGACCCUCAGCCCAACUCCCCGUCACAAGAAACUGAGAUUACUGGCGAAACAAUACAACCACAACAGCUGAAUUCGCGUAUCUACACAGACGAUGAGAUCCGGGAGAAUCUUCUACUGCACGAAGCUGUGAUAGAACAUGGAAAGCGAGCAUACGGACGCUUGAAACACCUCUUGUCAUUCACAACAGUUCAAACUGUGUUUAAGAAAGACAGAAGUGGCAAAACGGUCCUUCAAUUGACCAUUGAGAAGGAAUAUGAUGACUGUGCUAAAUUAAUAAUCGAUAGAUCACGUGCAUGGCUUGCUCAAGAGGAUGGGAACAUCGAAACUCCGUUACAUCAUAUGAUCAAAUAUGACCGAACAAAGCUGUUGAAGAAAUGUCUCCUUGAUAAGUCAUUUCCUACUUCGGAACUCAUAAAUCGGAAGAACAAGGAGUCCUUAACAGCCGUGCAUUAUGCGGCAGAGAAUAAAAAACAUGAAAUCUUGGCGAUUUUAUUGCAAAAUGGAGGCGAUCCACAAGCGUUAACUAA